AUGACCGAACACAAAUACCAAGAUGAAGGACCGCUUGCAUAUAUCGUAGCCGCCCCUGAAUCGGCACUGUCUGCCACUGAAGUUAAUCAUCUCACGGUCGAUAAGAUUGCCCCAUAUAAGUAUCUUUCUGGAGGCAUCUCGUUCAUUCCAAUUAUCCCGCGGAAUUUUAGCGGAAAAAUCAUGCGGAAACAAUUGCGAGAACUGGCAAAGAUGGAACUCGGUUGCUCCAAAGGGCACUACCAUGGAAUACACGUAGUGACCACUGGAAUCGCCUCACUCUGA